GGGAGAACUUGACCCACAAUGGAAUAGGGGUGCCAAGAAGUGACACAAGCUCACAUUGCUGAUAAGAAGCCGAUAAGCAAUUAUCGAUAAUGGACCUUGAUAGACCUCCAAUACGUGGCCUCACAUCUUAUCUUAGAUCUGUCUUACAUGUGAGCGACGACAAAGGACGCGACUAUAAUUACAUACAGCUGUCCUCAAUCCCCUUCCCCUUCCCCCAAUCUUGGGGAUCCGAUCCGUCAUCAUGUACAACUCCCUAACCAGAAUACAAAAUGUAUUCGGCUUCUUCACCACCGUCGCAUUCGUCAUCGCCGCUCUAAUCGCCGCCUCCGACCUCGCCGCUCCCCGGACCCCAAGCGCGACGAUAAAGCUGACCAACGCCCAGGUAGUCAAGGGUCGACCGCACUACUACAGCACCAAGAAGGAAGAAUACGCCAUAAUCAAGUUCUCGCUAGACGCCGACCUCUCGUCGCUGUUCACCUGGAACACCAAGCAGCUCUUCGUAUACGUAACAGCCGAAUGGCCCGCCGCCGACACCACGAACCAGACCAACAAGGCCAUCAUCUGGGACUCCAUCAUCACGAGCCCGAGCGCCGACCACCUAAGCAACCUAGGCCCCGCCUCCCUUAAGAAGCUGCGCAAGAGCGCCGCUGGCAAGACCAUAGACCCAGGCCGCGGCAAACUCUCCCUCAAGAACCAAAAGCCCAAAUACCAAAUCACCCACCCCACCGGCAAGAUCGCCUCGACCGACGACGUCACGCUGCGCGUGCACUACAACGUGCAGCCCUGGGUCGGCGUGCUGACCUGGAACCAGGACUCGGACUUCGGGCUGUGGAAGAAGAUGGGCGACGGGCUUAGCAAGGCGUUCGCGUUGCCGGCGCUGAAGAAGAAGGAGGGAGAGAAGGCCCGGUAGGCUGUCUGGGAGAAAAAAGAAAAAGAAGAAAAAAAGCCGU